AUGGGGUCUCGUCCUUCGUCCUCAAGUGCAUCGAAGGCACAUGUAACGCGCCAGACCAAGCUCAACCUGGAGGGCUACUCGAGGCACAAUCUCAACUACCUCCGGCGCGGUCGCAGGCCGGGUGGCAGCUCUGGGGACCCGGGGGCGGCCAUCCCCCCCGGGGGCUGCCCAGAGGAGGCUGAGGACGCUGCGCGCUUCCAGGCCUGGAAGCAGUGCCUGGCCGUGCUCGGCAUUCCCUUCCUGGACGUGGUGCGCGUCCUGGCCGCCGUGCUCCUCCUCGGCAACGUGCAGUUCGUGGUGCUGGACGGCCCGGACCGCGGCCCGGGCGUCGAGCUGUCUGUGCAGGGGGAUGCAGAGCUCAAGGCCGUCGCCAACCUCCUGGGCGUGUCCGGGACGGCGCUCUUCCGGGGGCUCACCUCGCGGACGCACAACGCCCGGGGGCAGCUGGUGCGCUCCGUGUGCGACGCCAACAUGUCCAACAUGACGCGGGACUCGCUGGCCAAGGCGCUGUACUGCCGCACCGUGGCCACCAUCGUCCGGCGCGCCAACAGCCUCAAGCGGCUGGGCUCCACGCUCGGCUCCACGCUCGGCACGCUCAGCUCGGACUCCAACGAGUCGGUGCACAACCAGGCGGACGUGCUCAGCCAGCACGCCAGCACGGCCGGCACGGCGGGCUCCAAGUCCAGCAAGUCCAUGGCGGCGCUCAACAACGCGGUGCGCCACGCCACGGACGGCUUCAUCGGCAUCCUCGACAUGUUCGGCUUCGAGGAUCCCAAGCCCAGCCAGCUGGAGCACCUCUGCAUCAACCUGUGUGCCGAGACCAUGCAGCACUUCUACAACACGCACAUAUUCAAGUCGUCUAUCGAGUCGUGCCGGGAUGAGGGAAUCCACACCGAGGUGGAGGUCGACUACGUGGAUAACGUGCCGUGCAUCGAUCUCAUCUCCUCCCUGAGGACGGGCCUGCUCAGCAUGUUGGACGUGGAGUGCUCAGUGCGCGGCUCAGCCGAGACCUACCUGGCCAAAGUACGCGCCCAACACCGCCAGAACCCGCGGCUGUUCGAGCCCCGGCCGCUGGAGGCGCGCUCUUUCGGGAUCCAGCACUUUGCCGGCAGGGUGGUGUACGACGCCAGUGACUUCCUUGACACCAACAAGGACGUGGUGCCCGAUGACCUGGUGUCUGUCUUCCACAAGCAGACGUGCAGCUUCGGCUUCGCCACCCACUUGUUCGGCAGUGAGCUGAAGGCGCUGUUCUCAUCCGAGACGGUCCCUCGGGGAGUCAGCUUCAGGAUAUCGCCGACAUCGCACACCGACCUGCUGAACGGCGACGAGCCCGUGUCCACCCUCACGCAGGACUUCCACACGCGGCUGGACAACCUGCUGCGGACGCUGGUGCACGCCCGUCCGCACUUCAUCCGCUGCAUCCGCUCCAACGCGGCCGAGACCCCCGGGCGUCUGGACCGCUCCACCGUCAUGCGGCAGAUCCGUUCGCUGCAGGUGCUCGAGACGGUCAACCUCAUGGCCGGGGGAUUCCCGCACCGAAUGCGCUUCAAGGCGUUCAACGCGCGCUACCGCCUGCUGGCACCCGGUCGCCGCGGCACCGCGCAUGGCCGCCACGGAGCGCAGCACGUCCCCGUCGAGGCCCCCGAGGAGUGCGCCCAGCUCAUGCAGCAGCUGCAGGUGCUCCUGGAGCCCGAGCCGCAGAAGCACUCCCAGUCGCAGGUGUCGAUGGGCUGGGCACUGGGCAAGCGGCACAUCUUCCUGAGCGAAGGCGCGCGCCAGCAGCUGGAGGCGGCGCGCUGGGAGACACGGCACGCCAGCGCGGUGCGCAUCCAGUCGCAGUGGCGAGGGUACCGCGCCAGGAAGCGCUGGCCCGCCCUGCGCCGCAGCAUGGCGUCCAUGGGCGGCCGCGGCCAGUCCGCCUGCUCGGGGGCGUGCCCCAUACCCAGCAGCCCCCAGGGCGCCGGCGCCGCGCCCACUCACGGCCACGGCAGGACGGGCGGCGGCAGCGCGGCGACCAAAGCGACGGCCGCCGCUGUAGCAGCGGCCGCCGCGGUGGCGGCCGCGGCGGCCACGCCUGGUCCCUGCGCCAACGGCACCAUCUCCAGGCCGCGGCCGCAGCCCAUCGCGGGCACGCCGCCACCCGACCCCGAUGUCAUCCAGCAGACCUGCACCCUGUUCGGGCUCGACCUGGAGCGGCCCCCACCCGUGCCCCCCAGUCGGUCGUAUACAGUGACGGGGAACACCAAGCUGGGCUACCCACAGACGAGGAUGAUCAAAAUGCCCUUUCCUGACGACGGCAGUGCGGAUGUUCAGCUCUUGAAAGGAGAUCAGGUCUUAGUGCUAGGUGCAUCAUCACGUCGUGGACACCUACUUGUCGAGCAUAAUAGCAUCAACCUGCACAUUCCAUACCAGUUCCUGGAGCUGCUCGCAGGACCGGGCCCGGUCAGCAUUUAGUAUAAACUAUAUCUAGCUGGGUGGGUUGUGCCAGGCCUUCUCUUUAUGUGAUAUGAAUUGUUCCAUCUUACCAAGCGAGUUGGUAGAUUGACGUUGCUCACGAUAUGGCAGAUAAAACUUGUGCCAUAAGUGUAAUUAAGUAGGCUACAGUUCCUCUUCAUGGUGUUGAGCCACCCAGCACAUAUGUGAAUUUUGUACAUUAAUGACUAUGUAAUUAUGUAUAAUUCCAAUGUGCCAUGAGGUUAGGGAAAUUUAGGUUCACUACUGUACUGUUCAAACAUGAUUCAAGUCAUUCAAGUCUGGAUUUUAAAAUUGAGUGAACGUAUUAUCCAACCCACAAAAUGACAGUGAUAGAUAAUUUUAUUUGGCUUAGUUUAGACCCAGUGACCUCUCUUGCCAUUAAAUAUGAGACUGCAUCUUUAACAUUUAACAGUAAAGACCAUAAUUCAAGAGUAAACUUAAGGAAUAUUAAUGAUAGCCGAGAUUAUCCCACUUUGCCAUACAGUGUGUAGAUUACUUAGAAAAUCAUAGCACUUUCUUAGGGCAGACGCUUUUCACCAACUAUUUAUUUACUAUGUGCCCUCUUGUACAGGCCUAUUUACAAGGUGCUAGGUGUUGGGAAAAUAUGUGCUAUGAUAUUUUAGAAUCUUGCUGUAACAAGACAUCAAAAAGAAGUCUACGAAAUAUGUUGUACUUUUAUCCAGCCUAGUCUACAAUAAUC